GUUGCUGGAUAUUAGCCUAAUUGUGCAUCGAAAUCGUGAACGACGUUCAGCUGAUUUCUGGUCUGUCAAAGUGAAAAUGCUAAGAAUACAACAUUAGCUAAGGGCAGUAAAAAUUACCACGUAUUAACUGUCGGAAGAAAGCCAUCUUUCUUUUUCAUUUAUCAAGUUAGUAAACUAUUUUUGCCACAAACUCACCUAACAACAUUCGAAGUCGUAUCGUCUGCACGCCUGGUCUCGUUCGGGCGUAUUGUCAACAUCACUUGUAAACAAGUUUCGUUCUUUUUGUUUAUCAAUGGGUUUUAGAACAUCUUUCGCGGGUAUUAAGAUACUACAUAGUCGAAAGUUCAGUUUCGAUACCACGUAGGAUUAAAUUCGAUAGUGGACAGAUAAAUUAUACUGUACAAGAACAGAGUGAGAAGUCGCUGAAAAGUGAAAGUUAGGACUAAAAUACAGGGUGGCUGUGACAGUAUUAACGUGGUAAUAUCAGGUUGGCCCGUAGCAUGAUGGACAGAUUGGAUAAAUUUCAGAUAAUAUUUAAUAAUCCCACGGCCACCUACUAUGCAGGCGAUACCGUUUAUGGAUAUGGUUGGGUUGUUGUGAAAGAGUUGAUGUAUGUUCAAAGUGUGUGUUUAGAAGCUAUUGGUGAAGCCAAAGUAGAAUGGAUGACAUCUAGUGAUAUACAAGCUUCAGAUGAAGAAGUUUUUAAUUACACAACCGUUCUUCCAAUCAAAGGUGAAAAAAAGAUAGAAGAUGAAGGAUUAUUACAUCCAGGCUCACAUUAUUUUCCAUUUGAAUUUUCUCUUCCAUCCAAGUUACCGUCUUCAUUUAAAGGAAAACAUGGACGAUUACGUUAUUUUGUGCGUAUGACAAUCUAUUCACCCGGUGGACCUCAUCAUGAAAGAACAAGUAAAUUUGCUGUGAUAGGAUCUCUAGAUCUCAAUGCAGAGCCUGAUGCUGCUCUGCCUGUUGAAAAUGACACAUUUGAAACAGUUGGUUCAUGGUGCUGUAUAUCAGGGACUGUCACAGCAUCUGUCAAAUUAGAUCGUAAGGGAUAUACAAUAAAAGAGGCGAUACCUGUUUGGGCCCAAAUAAAAAAUCUCAGUACUCGACGUUUAGCUUCAACUCAAGUUUCCCUUAUUCAGAACAUAACAUAUUAUUCUUAUCGUGGUCGUUUUAGUGAAUGCACUGUGUUAGUGACUAUCCAUAAAGGAAGUGUGGCUCCUCGGAGUAAACAAACAUGGAACAGAGAAUUACUCAGUAUACCUACUGUACCCUCAUCACAUUUACGUGGUUGUAAGAUUAUAGAUGUACAGUAUAGCUUAGAGUUGUGUAUUAAGCCAUCCGGUUUAGGACGUAAAGUGAAACUACCUGUAGACAUUAUAAUAGGAACUGUACCGUUAAAAGAUCAUGCACCACAUGUCACAUGUCAUCCAUUAAUUUCACCUGAAGACAGUUUAAACCCCUUCCCCUUUUUCUCUGACUCUAGUUCCGAUCAGGUGUUUUUAACUGAUUUCUCUUUUCAACAAAUGUUACCUACUGCUCCACCAUGGGAAGAAGAUGAUGACAUUCCCUGACAUCACGAUAAAGAUUGUGGUGAAUGUGAGAAUAGAUCAUUCCUAGAAAAUUGAUAAACUGAAGACUACCUUAACAAACAAAGACAAAGCCAAAAUAUAAACUGCGAUAUCUAUAAAGUGUUAUUAUAUUGUUUUGGUGUCACAGAAUUUAUUAUUGUGUUUGUUAAAGGAAAUUUAACUGCAGUGGAUUGUGGUCAAAUGUAGAGUUGUGCUAUAGAAAUGGAAGUGAGUAAAUAAACAAAAUGUGAACUAGUGAAUGAUGUGAAAGGAAAAUAACAGGAUGGUGGAACAUGUUCUAUUUUUGUUCAUCAAAAUACUAAAUGAGCAAGACAGUGAUUCCCAUGGUUUUAUUAAAUAAGUCAAAGCUGAAGAUUGUUUUAACAUGACUACAGUAUUUAAUGGACAGAAUUUGAUAGCCAAAAAACUCAUGACCUUAAAAUAAUUUUUGAAGGAUUGCUCAACAUAAAAAAAAUUGAUAUAUGUUCUUUUAAAAAGAAAGAGAUACAUAUCUGUGCUAUAACUGUUCAUUUAUAAAAUCACCAAUGUCAAAUUUGACCAGGAUCGUCAAUAUAUAUUCGCCAUUGAGUUAAAAAAAGUUAAACAUGCAUUAUGCAAGAGCUAAAUCUGCCUAUUGCAGGUCUUUCUUUAGGCCUGAAAUGUUUUCUAAAGUAUUAAUUAGACAUUAUUUAACUGAUCCAGGCCUUAAUCAACCCUUGAUGGCAUCAGAUUUCUCCAAUAUUAAAUAGAUUAGAAUGGUUCAGCGAUACUUUGAUUUAAUCAAAUAUGGAGGACCGAGACUUAGCUUCGGUCAACCAGUACGGUGGUUGAAAUUAUUACACACGUCUGUCAAAUCUUCAAAGGCUAAUAUCUUCGCUUGCAAUAGAGUAAUUUGAAUGAAAUUUUCAAAUUAUUCAUUUUACAUCAUCUACUUUCGAACUAUUAUAGCACGAAUGGCUAGUUCUUUAUCUAAAUCUUGCAUAAUGUAUCUUGAACUGAUUUUAAAUUGCAGAGAAGUUUUAUUGCAGGUUCAAGUAUUUUAGCAGGUCUAAUAUAUUUAAAUCACUUUGUUGACAAUGUUUUUUGUCUUUUUAAUAUUUUCUGUUUUGUUUGUUAAAAAUUUAUUAAAAUACCUCAGUAGGCUAUGUCAUCAUUUACUGAUUUGUUUUACAUUAUGAAUGAAAACUUCAUAGAUUUAUCAGGGCUGUUUUGUUGUCUGAAGAGAAGGCCCAGGCUAGACCUGAAAAUCAGUCUCUCUUAAGUAACUUACGGAACAAGAGAGAAUUCAAGUGCAAGUUUGGAUUUGUUAUUUUUAAAGACACAUGUUCUAAAUUACUGUCAGACAAAAUGAAAAGAAAUCAGAGAAAGAAAUAUAUUGGGCAAUCUAAACGCAACUUAUGGCUAUCAAAAGUUAACUUUACUUAAUAAUUUCACAAAGCCAUCUUUAUUAAUUUAGAAUGAUCAGUCAAUGACAGACGAAUAACUCAUGAACAUUAAGAUGAAAAAGCCAUCCCACUGUCUUAUAUUGUAUUUUUUUUUUAAUCAUUCAAAUUACUGUAAACAACUUUUUUUCGGUCCUUAUUUUUAUUAAAUUAAAUAUGGAAAAGACUUUAAGACAGACAUCUUCCCAGAUAUGACAAAUAUUUUUGGAGAGGUUAAAGUUUUUCAAACAUGGAUAUCUUCUAACAAUUACACAUAAUAUAUUGUUAUAAAACAUAUUUUCUGUUAUAUUUCUUUACUAUUUUUUCUACCUACUGUUCACUUUGCAAUUAUGCUGUUCAUAUCAUAGUACAUUUGUUUAUGGUUUUAUAGGUACAGUAAUAAAGUUUGAAAUACUUAUGUCAUAAGUGAUCACAUAUAGGAUUUAUGUUCAAUAACUAAUGAUAUGACAAUUAAUAUGUUAUUUUAAAAUAGACAUAUUUUGUACCUCACUAUGAAUGCAAUUAUUAACAUUUGUAUGUGUAUUGUAUCAAUUAUUUUUUAUGGCAAUAAACAAAAUAA